GAUACAUAGCAGUGAGCUAUAAGUUAAAUACUGAAAUUUGCUCAAUCAAAUUAAAAUGAGUCAAAAUAUAAACAAAUUUCCCGCAUGUUGUGUUUUGGAAAGUUUUACAAGUGUUGGCUUUUAUUUUUAAGUAUCCAAAUUAUAAUAUUUAGAACUUGUAUCUUAAUUUAACCGAGCAAUUCAAGUCUUCAUUAAUAUGCGAAAUAAUCAGGAUGAAUGGGAAGUUGAAGACAUUGAUGUAGAAAGUAAAAAUAAGAGUAAAAAAGUAGCUAUUGCUCAAGAUGAUUGGGAAACUACUGUGGUGGAAAAUAAGAAGCGUAAAAAAUCUAAAGGUGAUAUUCUUGUACAGAGAUCGGAAGCUAGCUUAAAUAUUUCUGAAUUUAAUGUUACUGAAGUUGGUAAAGAAAAAGUAAAGCUUGAUGAAUUGGUCAAGACCUCACUCAAGACUACUGGUCAAGUUGCUCAAAAAAAUUUGCAAAAUGUCAAAAAACUUAAAAAACUUAGUGUACCUUUGCAUAAAAAACACCAACAAAAGAUAAAAAGAGCUUUAGCAUAUGAAAAAGUAUGUGAAGAUAUCACUAAAUGGGACAGUUUGGUUCACUCAAAUCGAACAGCUGAUCAAUUAGUUUUUCCAUUGAAGAAACCAGAUUUUCAGUUGCAAUCAGUUGAGGCAACUGCUGAAAAUUUUGUUACUAAGCAUCCUGUUGAAAUUGCUGUUGCUGAACUUCUGGAAAAAAGUGAACACAGGUUAGAACCUGAGAAAGAGCUGACAGCUGCUGAAGAAAAAGCAUUGCAAGCUAUGAGUGCUACUGAAGCUAAACUAAGGCAUGCUGAAUUGAUGAGACACCGUGCUUUGAUAUCUUAUCAAGAAGCAAAGGCUCGGCGUCAAAAUAAAAUCAAAAGCAAAAGAUAUCAUCGACUAUUAAAAAAAGAAAAACUAAAAAAAGUUAUGAAGGAAUUUGAAGAGCUGCAAAAAACUGAUGCAGCAAAAGCCUUAGAACAGCUUGCUGACCUAGAUAAGAUAAGAAUUUUAGAGCGAGUAACAUUAAAGCAUAGGAACACUGGAAAAUGGGCAAAGCAGCAAAAACUUAGAGCGAAAUAUAAUCCUGAUAGUCGCAGCAUCUUAAAGGAAGAUUUGUCACUGGGUCGUCAACUGAGGGAGAAAGUUGAAAUUGCAGAAAAUGUCCAAGCUAAUUUGGAUUCUUCUGCAAAAAGAAAUCCAUCUAUGGAUGACAUUGGUCUGAUUGAAGAGACGUUUGGAAACAACACCGAUGAUGAUGAAGAGCCACCAGCCACACAUAAUUCCAUUAACAUUACCUUGGAAACAAAUGAUUCUUCUAACAAAACUCCAGAGGAACCUGUUAUACCAGAAAAAGUAAACAAAAGUUCUACAAACAAGUGUACUCUUCCAAGUAAGGUGCCUACAGAUGUUGACAUGAAGGAUUUUCUAUCCAAAGAACAGUUUUUAGAUUCUGCUGCCCCUGAUGGCUUCACACUUGGGGAUGAAGAUUUAGAUGAUGUGCUGGGGGAUGUGAUGCCCAUGAGCGAAGCCUUUGGAGAUGAAGACUGUAUAGCUGAAUUCAGAGAAGAAAAAGAAUCUACCGAAAAAGCAAAUGAAGUGAAAGGAAUUGAUUUAUUCUUGCCAGGCUGGGGGUCUUGGGGUGGACCUAACAUUGAACAAUCAAAGAGAAAAAAGAGACGGUUUUUUAUCAAAGCUCCAUCAGCUCCUGCUAGGAAAAACACUUUAGGAAAUGUCAUUAUAAAUGAAGAUAAGGACAAAAAAGCAUCGGAACACCAGGUUAACAGUUUACCAUUCCCUUUCACAAAUGUCCAUCAGUUUGAGAGCUACAUCAGGCAGCCCGUUGGUCACACCUGGAAUCCUCAGAGUAGCUUCCAGAGCUUAGUGGCACCCAAAGUGAUCACCAAAAUGGGAAAAAUAAUUGAACCUAUUGACUGUGAAGAUGUUGUUUUGAAAAACAAAGCAGUCACACACAACAAAAGGAAAGAGAAGAAGGUUGGCAACGAUGCUGUCAAAGCCUUCUGAUAAAUACUAUGUACUAUAUUUUAUUUAUGUUUGUUAAGCAAUAAAUUUUAAUUAUAUUUGGA